AUGACCACGCCCCUUCACACCUCACUGGCCACGCCCCUUCACACCUCCCUGGCCACGCCCCUUCACACUUCACUGGCCAUGCCCCUUCACACCUCACUGGCCACGCCCUUUCACACUUCACUGGCCAUGCCCCUUUACACCUCACUGGCCACGCCCUUUUACACCUCACUGGCCAUGCCCCUUCACACCUCCCUGGCCAUGCCCCUUCACACCUCACUGGCCACGCCCUUUUACACCUCACUGGCCAUGCCCCUUUACACCUCACUUGCCAUGCCCCUUCACACCUCACUGGCCACGCCCUUUUACACCUCACUGGCCACGCCCUUUCACACCUCACUGGCCACGCCCCUUCACACCUCCCUGGCCACGCCCCUUCACACUUCACUGGCCAUGCCCCUUCACACCUCACUUGCCAUGCCCCUUCACACCUCACUGGCCACGCCCCUUCACACCUCACUGGCCAUGCCCCUUUACACCUCACUUGCCAUGCCCCUUCACACCUCACUGGCCACGCCCUUUUACACCUCACUGGCCAUGCCCCUUUACACCUCACUGGCCAUGCCCCUUUUACACCUCACUGGCCAUGCCCCUUUACACCUCACUUGCCAUGCCCCUUCACACCUCACUGGCCACGCCCUUUUACACCUCACUGGCCACGCCCUUUCACACCUGAUGGGCCACGACCCUUUACAACUCAAUGACCACGCCCCUUCACACCUCACUGGCCACGCCCCUUUACACCUCACUGGCCAUGCCCUUUCACACCUCACUGGCCACACCCUGUCACACCUCCCUGGCCGCGCCCUUUCACUCAUCCCUGAACACGCCCUUUCACUCGUCCCUGGCCACGCCCCAACAAUCCUCCUCAGCCACACCCCUUCUGUUCUCUUGACCCGCCCCUUUAUGGCCUCAUUGGCCCCGCACCCCUCGGUCGUCCUCUGCUGCUGCUGUAGCAUGUAAAAUGUUCAGAGCAGAUGCCAAAACUAUGUAUCUGGGGCAGCAGGCACCUGGUUCAAUAUUAAGCAGCUUAGCAUGUGGGAAGAGGGAUGGAUAGAUUGCUUUGCUUUUUAAAAUGACACAUAUAUGUCUCUGUUCAGGGAGGGUUCACUGUUGUUCCAACAUAGUGUAUUACCAUUGAUGGUGAUGUUCUUUUUCCAUAUACAUGUUAGCGGUUGUUCCUCAGUGUGUUUCUGCAUUGUUUGCUACAGUUAGUAAGCAGACAGACGAAUCUGCAGAAAGUGUGUGAUUGAUCGGUGUAGUCGUGACUAAAUAAACACUAAAACCUU